GCGGAGCCGCCCUCCCGACGCCGCCACCGGGAACGGGACCGCCACCGCCACCGGGACCGGCUCCGGGGAUGGCUCCGGGAACGGCACCGGCGCCGCCGCCCUCUCGCUCCCCCGUCCCGGGUUCCCCCGCAGGGCACCGGGCACCGGCUCCUGGUUCUGGGGGUGCCCCCGUGCCCCGUGGGGAGCCGCCGGUACCGGGGGUGCUGGGGGCGAGCCACGCUCAGCACGGAGCCGUGGCCAUGGUUCGGUGCCUGCUGGCAACCGGGAGGGGAUUUUGGGCAGGUUUUGUAGGGUUUUGUAGGGUUUGGUGGGAGAUAGGAGGAACUGGGUGAAGCACGAGCACCACGCUCACGGGGAUGUGGGUGUUUGGGGUGCAAGGUGUGGGGUGAGCCCCCGGGCAGCUGGUGCUGGUGUGGGGACAGCCGAAGCGUUAACGCCAGCAGCACGCACACAGCGGCGAGGCCGAGGCCGCUCGCGCCUCUCGCCGUCCCGUUGUUUGCCUUGGCUCCGUGACGGGAGUUAUAAAUAAAAAUGUCUCACCCCGGGUGCGUGACUCACGGGCCCUCCCCGCAAAGGGUAACCUCUGCGAGGAAACCUGAGCCGGGGACCGAGCCGCAGCGAGAGCGAAUGCACCGCUGGAUUCACGUAUUUUCGUGUUUUUAUCCCAAAUGGCGACUGGGUGAGACCCCUGCCCCAUGGGGUUAGGGUGGGCUGCUGGGGACAGCGGUGCCUGUGCCCCUCUGCACCCCGUCCCCUGCUGGCUGCCAGCAGCCCGGUGGUUUCCCUCGGAUGGGAGAAGCUGACGUGGCCCAGGGUGGCUUUGGCCAGCCGUGCCCCGGCGUUGCCUCCUGCCACGCUCUGGGAUACAGGGACUGGGAUGCAGGGAGCGGGAUUCUGGCCCCACAGGAUGUGCCUGGGGUGAGGGGUGCAGUCCUGCUGCCCUCCUUCCGUCCCCGUCCCCUGCCCGUGGCAUCCCUGUGCCGGUGACUCCAGCAGGGCUUUGGGCUCUGGGCUGGCGCUCGUCCCUGCUGAGCUCUGCUCGGCGCCGUCUGGCGCCACGGGGCCGAGGGGAUGGGUUGUGGCUGCUGGUGUCACCUCAUCCUGCUGAUGCGAGUGGAAUGUGGGGACCGGGAUGUGCCGGAGGAGGCGUCGGCCCUUUCUGGGCCAGCUCCACAGGCCGAGAGGCUCUGCCUGCCUCCUCCAUCCCGGCUGGGGCCGCAGGGCCUCUCCUGGGGACAGCCGUGCCCUGGCUGUGCCACUCCGUGUCCCUUGGCCAUGCUCUGCCAGAGCAUCGUGCUCACGAUGCCCAGAUACUGCAUCCUCCUGCUGCACUGGUGCCAUGGGGAGAGGAGAUGCUUGGUGCCCCCCGGUUUAUCCUCAGUGCCCCCCAGUUUAUCCUGGGGGUAGGGAGCAGGGGGAGGUGACGGCUGGGUGACAGCUGGCUGGGGGAUUUGCUGAGGGCAUUAUUCAAUGCUGUGGGUAAAUGGAGAAACAGCAGCUAAUUCUGGAGCCCGUAAUCCUCUUCCUCCCCCAGGGAUGGGGAGCGUGCCAGUCACGCAGAUGCCCCCGGCAUCCCCUGAGCCGUGCCGCGGGCUGCAGCCGCUCCCAGACCAUGGGCGAGGUGCAGAAGCGACCCGGCACCCCGCAGGGCUCCCCCAGCCCCCCGCGCCCCCAGGGGCUGCUCUCCGUCAUCCAGAGCCUGCAGGGCUCCCCGGGGCAGGAGCUCCGCAUCGUCCUGCUGGGGCUGGACAACGCGGGCAAGACCACGCUGCUGAAACGCCUGGCGUCCGAGGAGGUCACCACCAUCACCCCCACCCAGGGGUUCAACAUCAAGAGCAUCAACUCGCACGGCUUCAAGCUGAACGUCUGGGACAUCGGGGGGCAGCGCUCCGUCCGCCCCUACUGGAGGAAGUACCUGGGCAGCACCGACCUGCUGAUUUAUGUCAUUGACAGCGCAGACCAGAAGCGCUUUGAGGAGACAGGGCAGGAGCUGGCCGAGCUCACCGAGGAUGAGUCUCUCACGGGAGUCCCGCUGCUGGUGUUUGCCAACAAGCAGGACCUGGUGACGGCAGCACCUGCGGCCGAAAUCGCCGAAGGGCUGAGCCUCCACACCUACCGGGACCGGGAAUGGCAGAUCCAGGCCUGCUCAGCCCUGUCCGGGGAAGGAGUGCAGGAUGGGAUGAACUGGAUUUCCAGCCAGAUCAUGAGCAGGAAGAAGUGAGAGCUGGGAAGUGCCAGACUGGACUGAGCUGCGGGUCCCUAAGCCAUGGCCAACUGCCCUGGUCCCCACACUCCACCCAAAGGCUUGACUGGGCCCUGAGCCUCAAACUCUUGCUCAGACGGGUUUUUCACCUUUUUUCAUGGGUUUUUCACAUGGGUUUCUCACAUGGGUUUUUUCACCUAGUCUUUCACUGCUUGUCUGCCCACGUCACUCUGCACACCCCAGAUAAAGAUGCAGCCGAACCCCUCCGUUCCUGCAGGAGGUGGCUGCUGCCUCCCCAGAAGAGCAGUCAGACAUUGGGACGGGUUGCCCAGGGAGGUGGUGGUGUCACCGACCCUGGGGGUGUUCACGGAGAGGCUGGACGUGGUGCUUGGGGACACGGUUUGGUGACAGUGGUGGCAGGGGGUGGUUGGACUACACAGUCUUGGAGGGCUUUUCCAACCCUAAUGGUUCGAUUAGAAGGAUUUUGUGAUUCUACGAGACAAGCUGUGGAGCUUAAUGGCCAGUGGGUGGCUCUCAAUAAAGCCCGUGACCCCA